AUGGCCAUGGAGCAGGGAAGAGUGACGGAAUUCGAAGGAAAGAGCCUCGACCAGAUACAAAUUGAGCCUGAAGGGAGAGCAGUAGAGAUCCUCUCACAAACGGACGGGCUAAAAGAAACUUCAAGCGGAGAACCUUCAACCAUUCAUCCAGAUGCACCCCAUGGUAGUGGCAGUGCCCCUUCUGAACGUCGGGAGGCCAUCUGGGGGCGACACACUCCGGCUCCGACUCGCUUUUGUGCUGUAAUGGAAGCAGAGAAGAAGAAAAUCCAGGGCCUGCGUUCACAACAACAAGCUUCAGCACAAAGAGACGAGGGAUCCACAGGGAGAGACUGA